AUGCAUGCUUACACUAUUAAAGCCGGAUUUGAAGCCGAUUCCACUGUAGGUAAUGCUGUAAUUACAAUGUAUGCCAAAUGUGGUAGCAUUGAAGAUGCUAAUGAAAUCUUCAAUGGUAUGAACACUCGUGAUUGUGUAUCCUGGAAUGCCAUAAUAUCUGCAUAUGCCCUCCAUGGAGAAGGCAACAGAGCACUUUCUCUUUUUGAAGAUAUGAAGGAAGAAGGAUUUUCCCCUGAUGAGAUAACGUUAUUGGCCGUUCUUCAAGCUUGCAGUUACACUGGAUUAUGGGAAACUGGGUUGCGCUUAUUCAAUGAAAUGGAGUCAAAAUAUGGGGCUAAGUCAGGAAUUGAGCACUUUGCAUGCAUGGUUGAUCUUUUGGGUCAAUCUGAGAAUUUUUCAGAACCCAUCGAUUUCAUCAACAGAAGUCCAUUUCCAGACUCACCUAUGCUUUGGAGAACUUUAGUCAAUGUGUGCAUGUUAUUUGGGAAUUUGACAUUUGGCAAGUUAGCUGCGAAAUGUUUGCUUGAAUUGGAACCUAGAGAGGCGGGUCUUAUAUACUUGUUUCAAAUAUGCACGCUAGAGAAGGAAUGUUUGAUGAUGCUGCAAAGGAAAUGCUUUCCAUGCAUUAAUAGCAACGAUCGUGACCGUGUUGUUGAGGCUAGGAUUUUCACCUCGACAAAUACUCCAGUCCACAUAUCAGCCCAGAACUCGGGGGCGACUUCAAACGACCUUGUCUCUUGUGGAGAAAACUUUGGCGUAGACUUGGGAUUCCGCGGAUUUGGUGUCCUUCUGUAUCCGCGGAAGGCAAGAUCGAAAAAGCUUCGGACAAUCCAAUCCCGGAACAAAUCUCGGGACUGCAAAAUCUCGUCGAAUCUUAUACUGGAUUGUUUGGUUGCGAAAUAG